AUGGCUACUCCCCAUCAUUCUGCUCGCUUGACCACAAGGCCACAAGUUGUUCAUGCCAGUUCGCGGUCCCCUUCACCCCCCUCUCGCGACUCGUCUCCUCUUUCCUCCCUCGGGAGGACGCCUACCCCCCACCCCUUCGCGGUAGAGAUGUUUGGGCCUUCGGGCAUUGCUGCCCGCCCCCCCCCGCCGGGGGCGGUUGUUGUUGCGCCGGCCCCAGCCAGUAAUUUCAUGGUUAACCUCUCUAGGCUGUGGUUGCUGUUCCCCCUGCCCCGGCAGGAUUUGUGGGUGCCAUGGUCCCACGGGGUGCUUGGGACCGCCCAGCGCCCCCCGCGCCCCCCCGCGCGAGAUCAACAAUGGUGGUCCCAGACCACCUUCAACCAGUUACUCCUGGCUGCCUUCUUCACUGGGUCUUCGCGGGCCAAUCCAGUGGUCCUCCCAGGCCUUCCACCCCACACAGAGCCACAAGCAUUGUCCGCCCGUGAAAGGGCAUGGUGUUGCGAGCCUAUCCAAAGGCCCGUGCUUAUUGCUGGUUUGGAUAAUCCAAACCAGUUGGCUGUUCGCGCCCAGCUCUGUGAGGAAAUCCUUGUGACUUGA